CGCUGCUAAUGUAGGUACCGGGCUAAUAGUAAUGCUUUGCGUUCCCGUUCCCUUUCUCCCCUUCGUCCUCCUCCUUUUCUUCUUUCUUCUUUUCCCUUAUUAUUACCUGACUCUGGUUGAAGAUUGUGUUGGUUGUUUUCUCUCUUGUUGACUUGUUCUUGUGUGAGGCAUACUGUUUAAAUCCUCUAAGGUCUUACCUCUCUUCAUUUUACCUACCGUUAUACGGGUUCUCCUGUAUCCUAUAACACAUCAUAUCGUCUUCUUGAAAUAAGAGUGUGAAGAUCAUCUUCUAAAUCAGACACAAACAAUGUCUCCUUCUGCCUAUACUCCCACCGAAGCCGGCGCAAAUGGCGAGCGCCCAUCACGGGUUCUAGCUCGAGGCAUCUACGUGCCCACCGUGGCCUUCUUCGACCCCGAGACAGACGAGCUGGACGUCAAGACAGUCUCACGGCACGCCGUCCGUCUAGCAAAGGCAGGCGUCGCAGGCCUUGCGGUCCAGGGUUCCAACGGCGAGGCAGUCCAUCUGGCUCACGAGGAGCGCAACACCAUCACUCGGACCACGCGAGCGGCCCUGGACACCGCCGGCUUCUCGUCCAUGCCUCUGAUUGUCGGCUGCGGUGCCCAGUCCGUCGUCGAGGCCGUGAGCCUGUGUAGAGACGCGGCGGCCAACGGCGGUGACUAUGCGCUGGUGCUGCCUCCCAGCUACUACGCCGGCCUGUUUGACGCAUCGACGGUCGAGAGCUUCUUCGUUGCCGUUGCCGACAAGUCGCCUAUCCCCAUCCUCAUCUACAACUAUCCCGGCGCCACGCCCGGCAUCGACGUCAACUCGGACGUGCUGAUCCGCCUGAGCCGCCACGCCAACAUUGUCGGCUGCAAGUUCACCUGUGGCAACACGGGCAAGCUGGGCCGCGUGGCCGCUGCGGUGCGGGCAUCUGGCGAGAACUUCCUUUGCUUCGCCGGCAGCGCCGACUUUACGCUCUCUGCUCAUGCCAGUGGCGCGGCUGGUGUUAUAGGCGGCCUGGCCAAUGUCUCGCCACGAGCCAACGUCAAGCUGUUCCGCCUUGCUGAGGCCGGACCGGAGAAGGCGGCCGAGGCUGCGGCGCUUCAGGCUGUUCUGGCGGCGGGCGACUGGGUUGCCAUCCAGACGGGUGUUGUGGGCGUCAAGGCGGCGAUGCAGUCGUACUUUGGAUACGGAGGAUUCACGCGGAGGCCGCUGCCGAGACCGGAUGAGAUCAAGGUGAAGAGCAUUGCGGACGGCAUGAAGGAGAUGAUGGACGUGGAGAAUGCGCUGCCAGACGUUGCGUAAACGAACAUUGAAGAGAUGGGAGGGAGAGAUGGAGGGGGUUUGAUGACACUUGCAUUUGGAAAUACAUUAUGAGGCGUAUAUAUAUUUAACAUGUAUUUUUUGGGAUUACUCGACAAAUUGAAUUGCAUUCUUUUUUUUGGAUAUGAACC